AUGAGAUACAUUCGUUGUGUGGGACGAAAACUACACGGUACAAACCUAGUUAAUAAUACGUUCAAAACCACAUAUCCAACAAACAUUUUGAAUAAACCCAGAAAUGAGGUUGCCGUAGUCGUUAUUGGCGCAGGACUUGCCGGUCUGUCGGCUGCGAAUCAUUUAAUGAAAAAUGGUUUCAAACAAACAAUAGUACUAGAGGCUACUGAUCGUUAUGGUGGACGCAUAAUUUCCAAGCAAUUCGGUGAUGCUUACUGCGAGUUGGGCGCGAAAUUUGUGCCCAUAAACGCAAAAGAUGAUACGGUCUACAACAUACUGCAAAGCAUGAGAGGACUACCGAAAAAAGUAAUACCAAACAAAGACAAACUGUAUAUAAAUGCAUUUGGAGAAAAAGUUGAUCGGAAACUGCCCGAGUUAAUAGAUAGACUAUACAAGCGGCUUUGUUCACAUAUUCAGCUGGAUGAAAAAUACAGAACUGGCGCUAUGGAUGACCUGAAUAAUUUACACACAUAUUUUCAAGCUGAAAAAUCAAGAUUGGUGACAUCAGUUUUUAAUGGAGAUGAACGGAAAACUGCCAAUGAAAUAUUCAAUUCACUAAUCAAAGAGUUUGGCAGCCUUUUAGGUUGCUCGCUGGAAUAUGUUAAUAUUGAACAUAUAACAAAGUUGAAAAAUGGUGUAAAUUUUGGCAACUACAUUUACAUACCUACUGGCUUAGACAACAUAUUAAGUGUUUUGACAAAAAAUCUCUGCAAUACGCAAUUGAAGAUUGGCAAGCCGGUUGGUGAAAUCAAUUGGUAUAUACCACCAGAAAUUGGUGGAAAACGUGUUGCUUGCUUAGAUGGUGAUGUAUUUCGCGCAGAUCACAUAAUUUGCACGGUGCCAUUGGGUGUACUUAAAAUAUUUUCUGAAAAUAUGUUCCGACCGUCAUUACCAAGCAACAAAAUAAAUUCUAUAAAAAAACUUGGUUUCGGUAGUCCAGUAAAAAUUUAUUUUGAAUACGAGGGAAAUAUAGACAGCUGGCUGAAGAGUAGUUUGCGGCCAUUAUGGCAAGCUGAUGGCACUAAUUCCGAUAUGACAUGGACGAAGCAAGUAGUCGAGAUAUCGAAAUUACCAAAAAGCAAUAGAGUGGUGGAAGUAAUUAUUGGUGGUGAAUUUUACGAAAAAAUUGAAAAAUUACCAGAUCUGGAAGUGCUAACCGAAAUUACAAAUCUAUUGCGUACAUUGUUGAAAAAUCAAAAUAUUCCUUAUCCUACUACGAUCUUGCGUUCUAAUUGGAGUUCACUGGCAUGCUAUUUGGGUGGUCGUCCUUAUUUUUCCACUGGUAGCACAAUAAAUGACGUUUUAACACUGGCCGAGCCGGUGGGGCCCAUGUCAAGUCUACUCUUUGCUGGCGAUGCAACCAUAGUAGAAGGCUUUGGUACUGUAGAUGGUGCGCACAAGAGUGGUAUUAGAGAGGCGCAACGCAUAAUCGAUCAUUACAACAAACACGAGGCUAUUUAAUUAAAGUCAAAGAAAUGAA